AUGGAGGCGCAAGUGGCGGCUCCGCCACACCACCAGCAGCAGCAGCAGAAGGCGGCCAACCUGGCGCGCACCUUCACCAAGCUGCUCCGCCGCAAGCGCGUCGACGCCGCGGCGCCGGGCGGCGCGCCCGAGGCGCCCGCGUCCGUGGCUGAGGACGACGGCCUGGGGGAGGAGCGGACGGAGCCGCCGCCCGCCAUCCCGUCCCUCAGCAAGCUCAAGCUGUCGGGGAACCUCGCCGCCGCCUACUCCUUCGACGCCUUCUUCCGCAACGCCGCCGAGAAGAAGGCGGCGGCGGCGGCGGCGGGAGGGCCCGGAGCGGGAGCGGUCCGGCAGCCGGCGGGGGCGGGGGAUGUGACGCCGGAGGCCGCGGCGGACGCGCUGCUGGCCAACCUCUUCGCGGGGGUCUCGGCGGUCAAGGCGGCGUACGCGCAGCUGCAGCUCGCGCAGUUCCCCUACGACGCGGAGGCGAUCCAGUCCGCGGACGCCGCCGUGGUCGCCGAGUUCACCAGGCUCUCCGACACCAAGCGGAGGUACCUCAGGGACCCCGCCGCCGCGGCCCGGGGCGCGGCGGCGGCGGGCCACACCCCGCUCGCCGCGCACGCCGAGGAGCAGCGCCACCUCCUCAAGACGUACCAGAUCACGGCGCGGAAGCUGGAGUCGGACCUCCGUGCCAGGGACGCCGAGGCCGAGCGCGCCAGGAGCUCCCUCACCGCCGAGCUCCGCGCCGAGCGCACCCUGGAGGCGCGGCUCCACCCCGGCCGCACCCUGGCCUCGCUCGACGAGCUCCACCUCUCCGGCCUCAACCCGACCCACUUCCUCACCGCGGUGCGGCACACGGUGAAGUCGAUCCGCUCCUUCGCCAGGUCGAUGCUGAACUCGAUGCAGUCCGCCGGGUGGGAUCUGGCCGCGGCCGCCGCCGCCGUGCACCCGGGCGUCCCGCUCCGCCGCGCCGGCGACGCCAAGUUUGUCUUCGAGUCGUACGUCGCGAUGAAGAUGUUCGCCAAUUUCCACCGCCGCGACUUCAAUUUCAGCUUCCUGGACGAGCGGGAGUUCUACGACCGCCGCCACUUCUUCGAGGAGUUCACGGAGCUCAAGGCGGAGCCGGCCAGCGCCUUCCUGGACGUGAGGAACCCGCGGUGGGGCGGGUUCGGCAAGUUCCUGCGCGCAAAGUACCUGUCGCUGGUGCACGCGCGGAUGGAGACGGCCUUCUUCGGCCGCCUGGAGCAGCGCGGCAUCGUCAGCGCCGGGCCCGGGUUCCCGGAGAGCUCAUGGUUCGCCGACUUCGCCGAGAUGGCGCGCAGUGUGUGGCUGCUGCACUGCCUCUUCUUCGCGUUCGACGGCGGCGCCGAGGAGGACGGUGCGUCCAUCUUCCAGGUGCGCACGGGGGCGCGCUUCUCGGAGGUGUACAUGGAGAGCGUCAGCGACGGGCGCGCCGGCGACGACGCUGCGGCCGCGGCCGCCGAGGACCGCGUGGUCGGCUUCACCGUGCUGCCGGGGUUCAGAGUCGGCCGGACACUGAUCCAAUGCCGCGUCUACCUGUCCAAGCCGUCCAAGCCGGGGCGGCGGCCGUGA